AUGCUCUCCUGCCUAGCCAGAAUGUUAGCAUUCCCAAAGAAUGAAGCUUUUUGUGUCCCUUGGAUCGUCUGUGUCUUCCUCUCUACACUGGUUCAGCAAGGAACAGAGGCCUUUCAGUGUGGCAAUGGGGUCUCAGUGCCUCCUGACAAUGUGUGUGAUUUCACAGAUCACUGUGGGGACAAGAGCGAUGAACAGCAAUGCUUGAAUUAUGAAAGAUGUGAUUUUGAGGAUGGGCUCUGUAAUAUGACACAAGAUCAGAGUCUGCAACUUGGUUGGACAAAGAGAAAUGGGAUGACUGGUCUAUCACCUCCAUUUUAUGAUCACAAUGGUGCUGUAGCUGCUCACUUUCUCUCAUUGGCCUCCAAAGUGGACUCUCCUUCAAACUUAAGAAGCCGAGUUUUUCUCCCGACAAAUAACCUGCAUGCUUGUCAGGUUACAUUUUAUUACUUCUCCAGCCAUGUUAGUGGCAAAUUAACAGCUGGCCUUCAGACUAUGUGUGGUGGGCCUGUCCAAUCUUUAUGGCAAAACACAGCUGGGCCCCAAAAUCGGUGGGAGAGAAACAUCCUCAAAAUCCAGUGCUCCCAGAAAUUUCAGGUUGUUUUUCAAGGUCAAAUGAUUUCAACUCAUGAGCGGGAUGAAGUCAUAGCUAUUGAUGAUAUAUCUUUCAGUUCAGGCUGCCUGCCUGCAAAUGAUGAAACUUUACCAUGUCAAGAAGCAUUGGGUACCAAGCAGGAACUAUGCCAUCCAGAUACAAGUCUCUGCAGAUUUGACUCUACAGAUGGAUUAAGGUUGUGUCAGCCCUGUGGAUUUGACUUCGACACGUGUGACUGGGCAUCAGAAGCACCUGCUGGGCACAUUUCCUGGAUGCGCACAAAUGCCAGAGGAGUUCCUGCGUUAGAACCAGCACCUCAGCAGGAUCAAAGUAGUGAUGAUGAAGGUUACUACAUGUGGGUAGGGGCUAACCAUGCUUCUACUCUUAGCCUUUUAGACAGCAGGGCUUAUCUAAACAGCUCUGUGUGUUACUGCUGGGGCAAGAGCUGCCAUCUUCAAUUUCAUUACACUAUGGAAAACAGUGUUCUGAGAGUUGGUCUAUAUAACAAUAAGGAAGAAGAAAUAUUUUGGACAUACAACACAUCAACUCACAAAAAAUGGGUGAAAACAGAUGUGUUAAUACCAGAAGGGCUGAAGACAUUUAAGAUUAUUUUUGAAGGGGCUCUUAUGGACCAGAAAAGUUUUAUUGGGCUGGAUCAGCUCUGGGUCUACGCGUGCGCACAGGCCCCAUCCAGAAAGCUUUGCUCUGCAGAUGAAUUCACUUGUGCCAGUGGCCAGUGCAUUGCCCAGGAAUCAGUCUGUGACUCUCGGGAAGACUGCUCUGAUAAGAGUGAUGAAGACCCAGUGACUUGCUCCAAUCAUCUCCUGUGCGACUUUGAGUCUGGUUUCUGCGGCUGGGAGCCAUUUCUCACAGAAGAUUCACACUGGGAAUUUGUGAAAGGGUUGCCCAGUGGAGAGAACCAUCUUCCUGAGGCUGAUCACCCAGCAAACACAAAUCAUGGAUCCUUUAUUUAUUUUCGAGCACAUCAAUUGCCUGGAGUGGCCAAGCUUGGAAGUCCUGUUCUUACAAAAUCACUUACUGCCUCUAACCCAUGUCAGGUGCAGUUUUGGUAUCAGUUGUCUCAGCAUUCACAUCUCUCAGUUUUUACAAGAACAUCGCUGGAUGGAAAUUUGCAAAAGCAAGGUGAUCUAAUUGGAAUCUCCAAAUCUCAGUGGAGACAAGCAAAAAUCAAUCUUUAUGCAAAGGCUGGAGAAUCUAGUUUGCCUUUUCAGUUAAUUUUAGAAGCUACUGUUUUAUCAUCAAAUGCUACCAUUGCUCUAGAUGACAUCAGUAUAUCCCAGGGAUGUGAAAUUUCAUAUACGUCACUUCCAAGUACCAGCACAGUAAACAAAGCUUCCAAAUGUGACUUUGAAGCAAACAGCUGUGGUUGGUUUGAAGCAAUCAGUGGGGACCAUUUUGACUGGAUGUGGGGCUCGAGAAGUAGCCUUUCAGCUGGUUUUGAGCAACAGGCCCCGCCCCAUGAUCAUACUCAAAAUACUGCUCAAGGGCAUUUCAUGUUCAUUCUGAAGAAAAGCAGCAGCUUGGCACAAGUUGCUAAACUCCAGAGCCCGACUAUCAGCCAGACAGGAACAGGAUGCACACUUUCUUUCUGGUUUUAUAACUAUGGCCUGUCAGUUGGAGCAGCUGUGCUCCAGCUCCAUGUGGAAAAAUCCAAUGACUCCACAGUGCUCUGGAGAGUGUUAUAUAACCAGGGCAACCAGUGGUCGCAGGCAACCAUUCAGCUUGGGCGCCUCACUCGUCCCUUCCAUUUGUCACUAGAAAAAGUCAGUCUUGGCAUUUAUGACGGGGUCUCAGCUAUUGAUGACAUCAGUUUUGAAAACUGUACCCUUCCCCUCCCUGCGGAGAACUGUGAGGGGCCAGAUCAUUUCUGGUGUGAACACACAAAGGCUUGCAUAGAAAAGCUUCAGCUGUGUGACCUGGUGGAUGAUUGUGGUGAUCAUACUGAUGAGGUUGACUGUGCACCUGAACUACAAUGUAACUUUGAAAAUGGAAUUUGUAACUGGGAACAAGAUACAGAAGAUGAUUUCGAUUGGACCAGGAACCAGGGUCCAACUUCAACACUUAAUACAGGGCCAAUGAAGGAUCAUACUUUGGGCACAGCUAAAGGACACUAUCUCUACAUCGAAUCUUCGGAGCCACAGGUUUUCCAAAACACAGCUGCUUUGCUCAGCCCGAUCCUCAGGGCCACUGGCACAGAAAGCUGCACCUUCCGCUUCCAUUUCCACAUGUUCGGAAAGCACAUUUACAGGCUGGCCGUCUACCAGCGAGUCUGGAGUAACGCAAGGGGCAAGCUGCUGUGGCAGAUAUUUGGGAACCAAGGCAACAGAUGGAUAAAGAAACACCUGGACAUUUCCAGCAGCCAGCCUUUUCAGAUUUUGGUGGAGGCUUCAGUGGGAGAUGGCUUCACGGGAGACAUUGCAAUUGAUGAUUUGUCAUUUAUGGACUGUAUCCUCUAUCCUGGUAAUUUGCCAGUGGACCUUCCAACUCCACCAGAAACUUCAAUUCCAGUAACAUUACCUCCACACAACUGUACAGACAAUGAAUUUGUCUGCAGGUCCAAUGGUCACUGUGUUGAAAAAAUCCAGAAAUGUGAUUUUAGAUAUGACUGCCCUGACAAAUCAGAUGAAUCAUUUUGUGUGAUGGAACUUUGCAGUUUUGAAAAAGGAAGCCUGUGUAAAUGGUACCAGCCGAUCCCUGAAAAUUUAAUUCAAGACUCAAACACAUUCAGGUGGGGACUUGGUAAUGGAACCAGCAUUCAUCAUGGGGAAGAGAACCACAGGCCAUCGGUGGAUCAUACAAAAAAUACCACAGAUGGCUGGUACCUGUAUGCCGAUAGCUCAAAUGGAAAAUUUGGUGACACGGCUGACAUCCUCACUCCUGUCAUUUCACGCACGGGACCAAAGUGCACCCUGGUGUUCUGGACUUACAUGAAUGGUGCCACCGUUGGCUCUCUCCAGGUACUCAGCAAGAAAGACAAUGUUACUUCUAAAUUGUGGGCUCAAAGUGGACAGCAAGGUGCACAGUGGAGAAAAGUAGAAGUGUUUUUAGGCAUUCAAUCACAAAUACAGCACAUUUGCUAUGAAGAACAAUUUUUCCCUUUUAUGGCUAAACGCAGUGUCAGUUACAUGGGAGACAUAGCAGUGGAUGACAUUUCCUUUCAAGAUUGUGCCCCCCUCCUCGGCCCAGACAGGAAUUGCACUGCUCAAGAAUUCACAUGCGCUAACAAGCACUGCAUCGCACAGGACAAGCUGUGUGACUUUGUGAAUGACUGCGCUGAUAAUUCAGAUGAGACUACCUUCAUUUGCAGUGCCUCCAGGGGGCGCUGUGAUUUUGAAUUUGAUCUUUGUUCCUGGGAGCAGGAGCAGGAGGAUGACUUGGACUGGAACCUGAAAGCCAGCAGCAUCCCUGCUGCAGGCACGGAGCCAGCUGCUGAUCACACCUUGCGAAAUUCGUCUGGUCAUUACAUCUUCAUAAAGAGCUUGUUCCCUCAGCAGCCCAUGAGAGCAGCCAGAAUUUCAAGCCCAGUCAUAAGCAGAAGAAGCCAAAACUGUAAGAUAAUUUUUCAUUAUCACAUGUAUGGAAACGGCAUUGGGGCACUCACCUUGGUCCAGGUAUCAGUCUCAAACCAAACGAAGCUCCUAGUAAAUCUCACAAUAGAACAAGGCAACUUCUGGCAGCGGAAAGAACUAGUCCUGUCUGGCGAUGAGGACUUCCGACUCCGCUUUGAAGGUAGAGUUGGGAAAGGACACCGUGGUGACAUUGCGCUGGAUGACAUCGUGCUGACCAAGAGCUGUCUACUGUCUCCUCAGUCUGCGAAGGAAGAGCCAGCAGUGCCUCCUCCAUCAGGUUACUGCCCACAUGGCUCUCUGGAAUGUCAGAAUGGCAAAUGUUAUAAUCCAGAGCAAAGCUGUAAUUUUGUAGAUGACUGUGGAGAUUCCACUGACGAAAAUGAAUGUGGGGGCUCCUGUACUUUUGAAAGAGGCUGGUGUGGCUGGCAAAACUCCCUGGCUGAAAACUUUGAUUGGGUUUUGGGGGUUGGCUCUCAUCAAAGCCUAAGACCUCACAAAGACCACACACUUGGAAAUGAAAAUGGGCACUUCUUGUAUCUGGAGGCUACUCCAGUGGGCCUGCGGGGUGACAAGGCGCACCUCAAGAGUGCUGUGUGGCAGGAAUCCAGCGCUGCUUGCACCAUGAGCUUCUGGUAUUUCAUUUCUGCAAAAGCCACGGGAUCCAUUCAGAUUCUCAUUAAGAUAGAUUAUAAACUCCUGGGAGCAAGGCCUUAA